CAAAAUUUUUAACAAAUAGUGAACUGCUUUACGGAUAGUAUGCACCCAUGCAUACAGCUGUGGAGGACUACGGAGUGGCAGAGUACGGCUACAUUGAAGGAGAAGUGGGGAUGGGAGACGAGGUGGUGGUGAUUGUGAGGAGGAGCCAGACACACCCUCACCAGCCUGCCCACGACAUCAAGGAAUUCCCAACGGGAGAUUUGAGCAGUGACACCAGCAAAGUCUACCUCUAUAAUGCCGUUUGGAACAACAACACUAAUCUCCCAGGUAUGAAGCCCAGCAGGAUGACAGACGCCACGGUGUAGAUGAGUGGCUUUAGACCUGACAGACAAACACAUGUAGGGAGAGAGGGAGAAAUAAUCACUCCUUUUAUAGUGCACACACAACCCUGCUAUCUCUUCCCU